CACUACGGAGGCUGUGAUUGGACGGGUCUGCUGUCAAUUACGCUGAUCGCUGACUGGUGUUGAAAUGUGGCGGGCGGCAAUAAAAAGUCAUGAUGUCUGCUAAUAUGUAAAGACACCCAAAAGAACCCUGAUGUGAAGAACAUAAGUGUGUUGAUGGGUUUUCUAGCCAUCUGUAGGGAGUCAUGGUGAUCUUGAGAGAAGGGAUCUGCCCUGGAAUAAACGAGGAAUUCAUUAAGGCUUUACAGUCAGAGGAUAUCAAAACAGUUGAGGACUUUGUCUCAUGUAACCCAGAAGAACUUGCACAAAAGUGUUCAUUGUCUUACAAGGCUCUAGUAGCUGUUCGGCGUGUGCUCUUGGCUCAGUACACAGCUUUUCCCGUCUCUGGAGCUGAUCUCUAUGAGGAGCUCUUGAGCUCCACAGCAAUAUUGUCCACCGGCAAUCCCAGUUUGGAUAAGCUGUUGGAUUCCGGGCUGUACACAGGGGAAAUAACUGAGCUGGCAGGAAGUCCAGGGAGCGGGAAAACACAGGUGUGUUUUAGUGUUGCAGUUAAUAUAUCCCACCAGCUGAAGCAGACUGUGUUUUACAUUGACACAAAGGGGGGUAUGUGUGCAAACCGACUGCUUCAGAUGCUACAAUCCAAGACCCCUAAUAUGGAGGAACAGAUGGAGGCACUUCAAAAAAUCAAGGUGUUGAGAGUAUUUGAUGUCUUCUCUUUGCUCGCAUGUCUUCAAAAUCUGAGAUCGAAUGGCCUUCAGAAGGCGUCUGUUGGAGGUGGUUCAGUCAAAGCGCUGAUGGUGGAUUCAGUCUCUGCUGUGCUCUCGUCCAUGCUCGGAGGGAAACAGAAUGAGGAUGUCACAGUGCUGCUGCUUUGCAUCAGGUAUGUCCUUGCUGAUGCAAGUUGCUGGGGAGCUGAAGAUGAUCGCCAGAGACUUCAGCAUUGCUGUACUGGUGACAAACCAUGUGACCAAAGAUGGAAAUGGGCAUUUGAAGGCUGGACUAGGACAGUCAUGGAGUCAUGUGCCGCGCACUCGUGUGCUCCUGCAGAGAAUAGAGGGUGCAGAGACUUCAUCCUUACGAACCGCAACUCUGACCAAAUCAUCACGACAGGCUUGUCAUCUGGUAGAGGGGUUUGAUCUUUGUCACUGGUCUGAAGAGAGGAGAACCUCUAUUUCAGGCAAGAGGAAACUAGAGGAAAGAAGUAAACCCUGACAACAAAAUUCA